CCAAGAUGGCGGCAGGGACGGGCAAACACAAGCUGUUGAGUAGUGGCCCUACAGAACCAUGGUCUAUCCGAGAGAAGCUGUGUUUAGCGUCUUCUGUCAUGAGGAGUGGAGAUCAAAAUUGGGUAUCGGUUAGCAGAGCAAUCAAGCCCUUUGCAGAACCUGGCCGCCCUCCAGACUGGUUCUCUCAAAAACAUUGUGCUUCUCAGUACUCUGAGCUUCUGGAAACCACCGAGACCCCAAAACGGAAACGGGGUGAAAAGGGAGAAGUGGUGGAAACUGUUGAAGAUGUAAUUGUUCGGAAACUGACUGCUGAACGAGUUGAGGAACUAAAGAAAGUGAUAAAGGAAACCCAGGAAAAAUAUAGACGACUGAAAAGAGAUGCAGAACUAAUUCAAGCUGGACACAUGGACAGCAGACUGGAUAAACUUUGCAAUGACAUUGCAAUGAAAAAGAAAUUGGAGGAAGAGGAGGCUGAAGUAAAGAGGAAGGCUACAGAUGCUGCAUAUCAAGCUCGUCAAGCAGUAAAAACACCACCUCGGAGGUUACCUACUGUGAUGGUUCGAUCUCCUAUAGAUUCUGCUUCCCCAGGAAAUGAUUAUCCACUUGGGGACUUGACUGCAACUACUAUGGAAGAGGCUGCCUCUGGGGUAACCCCUGGGACUUUGCCGAGUACCCCAGUCACCUCGUUUCCUGGGAUUCCUGACACCCUUCCUCCAGGCUCUGCACCCUUAGAAGCCCCCAUGACCCCAGUAACAGAUGAUUCACCCCAGAAAAAGAUGCUUGGACAGAAAGCAACUCCACCCCCCUCCCCUCUGCUGUCAGAGCUCUUGAAGAAGGGCAGCCUCCUGCCUACUAGCCCCAGACUGGUCAAUGAGAGUGAAAUGGCUGUGGCUUCUGGCCACCUGAACAGUACAGGUGUCCUCCUGGAGGUAGGCGGGGUCCUUCCCAUGAUACAUGGUGGGGAGAUGCAGCAAACACCCAACACUGUUGCAGCCUCCCCUGCUGCCUCAGGUGCUCCCACUCUUUCCCGGCUUUUAGAAGCUGGUCCUACACAGUUCACCACACCUCUUGCUUCCUUCACUACUGUUGCCAGUGAGUCUCCAGUUAAACUUGUGCCACCCCCUGUAGAGUCUGUUUCCCAGGCUACCAUUGUCAUGAUGCCUGCGCUACCAGCACCAUCCUCUGCUCCGGCUGUCUCCACUCCUGAGAGUGUAGCUCCAGUGAGUCAGUCUGACACCUGUGUUCCCAUGGAGGCUGUGGGGGAUCCACAUACUGUGACUGUUUCUAUGGAUAGCAGUGAAAUCUCCAUGAUCAUCAAUUCUAUCAAAGAAGAAUGUUUCCGAUCAGGGGUAGCAGAAGCUUCUGGAGGAUCAAAGGCUCCCAGCAUAGAUGGGAAAGAAGAUUUAGAUCUGGCUGAGAAGAUGGAUAUUGCUGUGUCUUACACAGGUGAAGAGCUGGACUUUGAGACUGUUGGAGACAUCAUUGCCAUCAUUGAGGACAAGGUAGAUGAUCAUCCUGAAGUGCUGGAUGUGGCAGCAGUGGAAGCGGCAUUAUCGUUCUGUGAAGAGAAUGAUGAUCCUCAGUCUCUGCCUGGCCCCUGGGAGCACCCUAUUCAGCAGGAACGGGACAAAUCGGUACCUCUCUCUGCACCAGAGUUGACAGUCAAGCAGGAGAGGCUGGAUUUUGAGGAAUCAGAAAACAAAGGAAUCCAUGAAUUGGUGGACAUCAGGGAACCCAGUGUUGACAUCAAAAUGGAACCUGCAGAACCAGAGCAAGGCAUUUCAGGGGCUGAAUUAGUCCCUGGAGUUGUUCCAGCCACAUGUAUGGAGCCACCAGAACUCAGGAGUCAAGACUUAGAAGAGGAACCCAGAAGUACUGCAACUGGAGAGAUUGCUGAAGUAGAUGUUGCCAGUGGGAAAGGCGAUGAGACCCCACUUACAGCUGUGAAGACAGAGGCAUCCCCUGAAAACAUGUUAUCUCCAUCACAUGGCUCAAAUCCCAUUGAUGAUCCUUUAGAGGCAGAGACUCAGCACAAAUUUGAAAUGUCAGACUCAUUGAAAGAAGAAUCAGGGACUAUUUUUGGAAGCCAGAUAAAGGAUGCCCCAGGUGAGGAUGAGGAGGAAGACGGAGUUAGUGAAGCAGCCAGCCUAGAGGAGCCUAAGGAAGAAGAUCAAGGAGAAGGCUAUUUGUCAGAAAUGGAUAACGAACCCCCAGUGAGUGAGAGUGAUGAUGGCUUUAGUAUACACAAUGCUACGCUGCAGUCCCACACACUGGCGGACUCCAUCCCCAGCAGCCCUGCUUCUUCACAGUUCUCUGUCUGUAGUGAGGAUCAGGAAGCUAUUCAGGCACAGAAAAUCUGGAAGAAAGCCAUCAUGCUUGUAUGGAGAGCUGCAGCUAAUCAUAGGUAUGCCAAUGUCUUUCUGCAGCCUGUUACAGAUGACAUAGCACCUGGCUACCACAGCAUUGUGCAGAGGCCGAUGGAUUUGUCAACUAUUAAGAAAAACAUUGAAAAUGGACUGAUCCGCAGCACAGCUGAAUUUCAGCGUGAUAUUAUGUUGAUGUUCCAGAAUGCUGUAAUGUAUAAUAGCUCGGAUCAUGAUGUCUAUCACAUGGCAGUAGAGAUGCAGCGAGAUGUCCUGGAGCAGAUCCAGCAAUUCCUGGCCACACAGUUGAUUAUGCAAACAUCUGAGUCUGGAAUCAGUGCUAAAAGUCUUCGAGGGAGAGAUUCUACCCGCAAACAGGAUGCUUCAGAGAAGGACAGUGUCCCCAUGGGCUCUCCUGCCUUCCUUCUCUCUCUCUUUGUAAGUAUUGAAUGGCUGCAAGGGGUGAUGUUGCCCCAAAGAUUCUCUGCUCCCGCUGGGGGUGGGUGCCAGAGGGAAAUCAAACAUGCAAAUUGUAGCAAUGUGUUGAACUUCUGUUCAUUCAGGUAAUUGAAUAAGAAACUGUCUCUUCUGCAUCCUGUCUUUCUGCAUGUGUGUGUGUGGGGGCUGGGUAGGGACUUUUUAUGAGUUCAUUGGGCUGAAAUGAGGUAUUGAUAAAGAUCUAGGAUGCACCCGCUCCUCACUUCUUGACUCCACCUUUGCCAAUUCUUUUCUUACAAAUAGAAGAUAAUUCAGAGCAGCUGCUGCUAGCUGGCUUUUAAAAAGUGUUCCUCGUAGUGGAUACUCAGCACAUAGUUUUUAUCUUUUCCCCUAAUAUUAAGUUGCAAGACUGAUGCAUGAUACACAGACAUUCAGUAAAAUGUGAGAUAAAUAUCUCAGUAAAAAUGGCCACUGCAGACAGUAGUGUCUGGUGGAAUUGGAGAUAAGCUUAGUAAAGCUAGCCUGAAGACUGUCUUGACUCAUUUACUCAUUUUGGGGCACUGAGUCAUGAUAUAUAAUGGGAAGGGCAUCAGGCUAGAUAGAAAAACCACAUGGUCUUAAACUGACUGGAUUAUUACUUGGAGCCUUGUUUCCCUCAUCUGUGUGAUGGAGCUAAUAUAAUGACCUACCUGUCCAGCCUACCUCACAGGGAUGUUGUGAGGAUAAAAUAAUAGGUAUGGAACUGGCUUGAAAAAAAAAUUAAAGUGUUAUACAAAUGCAAGAUGGUAUUUUUAUUUUUACUGUUGCCUCAAAGGCAACUUGUGUUUGUGAGCUGUAAUCUUAGAAUCCUUUGCAUGUUAGAAAUGUAAAAAUGGCCGAGCCAAGCAAAAGUGUUCGUUCAUCUUGCCUACCAGCCUCAGCCUAUACCAUAGACAGAACACUAUAAUCUCCAUUUUCUUUUAUUGGCCUGCAACAGUGACUCUGGAUUCCCAAGCAAUUGGCUGGCUGUUACAAGGCUGGUUAAUAGGAUCUUUUAUCUAUUGAAGACAGCAAUGUAUUGCACAAGAGGAAGGAUCUGGGCUGCAGGGAGAGAGCAGCAGAUGGAAAGAAGCCUUCUGAUUGUCCUGAUCUCAUGGAAAACAACUAUCAGGAGGUGCUAGGGAACUAGUGCCAGGGUCAGUCUGCAGGAAAGGCCUUUCUUAUAGGGACCAACAAACAGCUGGACAGGUAUGUUAGCCAAGAAUCUUACUAUCCACUGCCCUUUCUGACUCUCCCACCUUUUUUUACUGUUCUGUUUCUUUACACAUAAUUUAGGGGCUGGGUGGGAUGAAUAAUAGCCAUUUUGUGGGACCCCAGGUGAACUCCAGCAACCUCUGUGGUCAGCAGGAGCAAGAUACUCUGUCCUGUAUAUUCUCUCACAAACUACUACCAGGUGAUUUUUACCACAGUCUAUGGGACGACAUAUAUGCUCUUCAUUUCCUGUAUUUUUCUGCUGAUUCCUAUCUAUCCCAAGAAACUAAACCCCUAGAUUCUUGUACCUUCUCAUCUUUUAAUCAACUCACUCAUGCUC